UUUGUAUUUAAUUAAUUAAAGCGCCAACAAUGGAGAAAUAAAAAAGAAAGAAACAUGGAGCCCAUAAUGAAUCCAAGAGUUUAUGGAAUUAUACACUAUCUCCAGGUUGGUCAUAAGAAGAAGUCAAAAUUUUAAAGCUUGCAUUACAAAAAUUUGGAAUUGGUAAAUGGAGAAGCAUCAUCUAAUCAGAAUGUUUACCAGAUAAAUCUAUUGGAUAAAUUUACAUCUAAACCUAAAGAAUGCUUGGAUAACAAUCUUUAGGAGAUUUUAUGGGUAUCAACUUUUUAUCAUAUAAAAUAGGAUUGUAGAUUGAUUUAGAAAAGGUUUGGAUAGAUAAUAAUUAAAAAAAAGGAGUGAUGAGGAAGAAUGGAUGUGUUAUUAAUACUGGUGAUAAUCCAAAUAAAGAAGAGAGAAAGCAAAGAAUUGAAGAAAAUAGAUAGAAGUAUUCCAUAUCUCAAGAGGAAGUAAAUAUAAAUCUUUAUCAUAUUAGAUUAAUAAAAUAAAAUUACCAAGAUUUAAGAAUGAUUGUGUGGCUAAAUAUUUCACAAUUUAAGAAAUUGAAAAUGAUUAAUUUACAACAAUUGAAAAAUUAUAACAUUUUGUUAACCUAGAAAUUGAAAUAGAUAAGAAACUCAAAAAAAUUUUAUUAAUUAAAUCGAAUUUAAAUAGUAAUGGUAACAAUCAUGUUAAUGGCAAUGGAAAUAGCAAUCACAAUUUACAUAAUCACUAAGAAGAGUAAAAAUGA